AUGUCAACUUUAUUAGAGAGGACCAAGAGUGUGCAAGAACUGAAGAAGAGAGCUGCCGGGAAGACAUCCGCAAAUCCCGCAGAGGUCGCAGAAGCAAAAAAAGUGCUAAAGAGGCUGUAUAGUUGGGAUGAAAUUCCAGAAUGGCAAAGAGAUAAUGACUUUAUUCUACAUGGGUACGUAAGGGAAACUAGUAGUUUUAUCGAGACUUUCAAAAGUUUGUUUUACCUACAUAACGAAAGUGUCAAUAUUUAUUCACAUUUAGUCCCUGCUCUUGGGUUUUUCACUGUUCUAUUGCUAGAUAAAUCAACUAUCAAGGUGUUUGAAACCACUACGUGGAAAGAUCAUGUGGUAAUUGACCUCUUUUAUUCGGGGGCAUUUGCGUGUUUGAUACUGAGCAGCUCAUUUCAUUGUCUAAAAAGUCAUUCCUUAAGAAUUGCUACCUUAGGUAACAAGCUAGAUUACCUUGGAAUUUGCAUACUGAUUGUCACAUCUAUGGUCAGCAUUUUAUUCUAUGGCUAUUACGAAAAAUUUUCUUUGUUUUGUCUAUUUGCGCUUAUUACUGUCAGCUUUGGAGUUGCGUGUAGUAUAGUGUCGCUAAAAGAUAAGUUUCGGAAAAGAGAGUGGAGACCCUAUAGAGCUGGGCUAUUUGUUUGUUUUGGGCUAUCUUCAAUCGUUCCAAUUUUUAGUGGUCUUUACUGCUAUAGUUUUUCAGAAAUUUGGACACAAAUUCAGCUAUUUUGGGUGUUACUCGGAGGCGUUUUAUAUAUAAUCGGCGCUGUUCUUUACGGAAUGAGGUUUCCUGAGAAGGUUUGCCCCGGCAAAUUUGACAUUUGGGGGCAUUCUCAUCAACUUUUCCAUUUUCUAGUUGUUAUUGCAUCCUUAUGCCAUUUGAGAGGUUUAUUGAACAGUUAUGAGUUAGUUCAUAUUAAAAUGGAAAGCGGAAUUAUCUCUUAG